AUGUUCCACCCCAUUACUGCCAUUCAGAAUAAUUACCAGGCGGAGAUAGAUUUUUCCCGAAGGAAGAAGGAAAAAUGUUUCACCCGUGUAAUGUCAUUCCAAAGAUUUGUGUACAACGAACUGAUUGACGGAAUGGAAAAGGAACAAAUGUUCCACCCCAUUACUGUCAUUCUGAAUAAUUACCAAAGAAGGCAAGAUUUUGCACAAAGGAAAGGGAACAAUAAUUUCACACGUAUAAUGGCAUGCCCAACGUGUGUGUGCAAAGAAAUAAUUGAACAAAGCAAAAAGAAACGAAUAUUCCGCCCCUUUAGUGUCAUUCGGAAUAAUUACCAGACGAGGAAAAAUUUGCCCCACACGAAAAGGAAGAAUAAAUUCACAAGUGUAAAGUCAUUCCGAAAAUGUAUGUGCAAGGAAAUAAUUGCCGAAAUGGAAAGCAGAGGAAUAUCCCCACCCUUUACUGUCAUUCAGAAUAAUUACCAAACGGGAACAGAUUUUGCCCACAACAAAAGGAAAGAUAAUUUCACCCGUGUAAGGUCAUUCCCGAGCUGUGUGUGCAAACGAAGAAUUGAGCAAAUGGGAAACCAAAACAUCUUCCACCCCUUUAGUGUCCUCCCGAAUCAUUACCGGAGGAGGCAAUAUUUUGCACAGACCAAAAGGAAAAAUCAUUUCACCCGUGUAAUGUCAUUCCAAAAAUGUGUGUACAAGGAAAUAAUUGAUCAAAUGCAAAACGAACCAAUCUUCCCCCCCUUUAAUUUCAUUCGAAAAAAUUAG